AUGAUUUUGAUUUCUUUUUUCUCUUUCCUCUGUGAGUCAUCCAUGAUGGCCCUUAGCAAUUUCAGCUGGAGUCUCCUCCAUCCUUCUUUUUUUCUAGUUGGUAUCCCUGGUUUAGAGGAAAGCCAGCACUGGAUUGCAUUGCCAAUGUGUACCCUUUACCUCUUUGCUCUGGUGGGCAAUGUCACCAUUCUUUUUAUCAUCUGGACUGACCCAUCCUUGCACCAGCCUAUGUACCUCUUUCUGGCUAUGCUAUCUGUCAUUGACCUGGUCCUGGCCUCCUCUACUGCACCCAAAAUGCUUUUAGUUCUCCUGGUUCAUGCCCAUGAGAUUGGGUAUACUGUCUGCCUGAUUCAAAUGUUCUUCAUCCAUGCGUUCUCUUCCAUGGAGUCAGGUGUACUUGUGGCUAUGGCUCUGGAUCGCUAUGUAGCCAUAUGUCACCCUCUGCACCAUUCCACCAUCCUGUAUCCAGGGAUCAUAGGACGCAUUGGAUUGGCAGUGCUGCUGCGAGGACUGGUCCUCCUGCUCCCCUUCCCUAUCCUAUUGGGAAGACUUAUCUUCUGUCAGGCCACCGUCAUAGGUCAUGCAUAUUGUGAACAUAUGGCUGUGAUAAAACUUGCUUGCUCAGAAACCACAGUGAAUCGAAUGUAUGGGUUGGCAGUGGCACUGCUUGUGGUUGGACUAGAUGUCCUGGCCAUUGGUAUUUCCUAUGCCCUCAUCCUCCAGGCAGUGCUGAAGGUACCAGGGCGUGAGGCCCGAUUAAAGGCCUUUAGCACAUGUGGGUCUCAUAUUUGUGUCAUUCUGGUCUUCUAUGUUCCUGGAAUAUUUUCCUUUCUCACUCACCGUUUUGGCCACCAUGUACCCCAUCACAUCCAUGUUCUUCUGGCUACACUCUACCUCCUUGUGCCCCCUGCACUCAAUCCAAUUGUCUAUGGUGUGAAGACUGCACAGAUCCGCCAGCGAGUACUCAAGGUGUUGUACAUAAAAGGGUAG